AAUAAAAAUCGUAUUGUUUAAUUGAAAAAUCUCUUAAAAUUCAUCUUUGUUUUUCAUUAACGUUUUAUAACGAUUAGAGAUUCUUCAAUAAUUUUACCAUGACAUUCAUUAAAGCUGAAUUAAAAGCUACCGAAGCUAGUCAUAAUAAUGACAAUAAUCAUAAAACAACAAAUGUAACAUCGAAGCUAUCCAUUCCAAAAGCUAAUCUUGAAUCCAGGCAAGAAAUUUUCAUCAAAACGCCAUUGAUUGAAAGUGUGAUUCUGAAACAAUAUGCUGCCAACAGACCUGUCUAUUUGAAAAUGGAAAAUUGUCAACCGUCCGGUAGUUUUAAAUUACGUGGUCUUUCAAAUUUAUGCCAAUAUGCAAAAUCACAUGGAUAUGAACGUUUUGUUUGUCCAUCCGGUGGUAAUGCUGGUAUGGCAACAGCAUAUUCAGCUCGUAAACUAGGUAUGCCAUGCCAUAUUGUAGUCAACAAACAAACACCUGAAAGUACAAGAGAAACUAUUGCAGCAUUCGGUGCAUCAGUUGAGAUUUAUGGUAAUUCAGUUAAUGAAUCAGUUGUACGAGCAAAACAAUUAACUGAAGAAGAUCCAAAAUUGUUUCUGGUUCAUCCAUUCGAUCACAAAGCUAUUUGGGAUGGACAUUCAAGUAUGAUCGAUGAGAUAGCUGAAGAACUUGGACAAGAACCAUCGAUCAUUGUUACAUGUUGCGGUGGUGGUGGAUUAACCAAUGGUUUAGUACGUGGCUGUAGACGUCAUAACUGGGAAACGACCAAAAUUCUAUCCAUGGAAGCAAUUGGUUGUCAUUCGUUCAAUAUUUCGCUCCAAAAUAAUUGCAAACGAACACGUAUGGAAAAUAUGUCAUCAAGAGUUGUAUGUUUAUCUGUCGACGAAGUUUGUCAAGAAAUUUUGGAUGAAUACCAAAAAGCUGAACCACCCAUCUUAUCACGCUUAGUUGAAGAACGUGAUGCUGCUAAAGCUUGUCUUAAAUUUGCUGAUGAUCAUCGUGUUUUGGUUGGACUAGCAUGUGGUACAUGUUUAGCCGCCUUAUAUGAAGGAAUAAUUGAACGAAUGUUAACCGGUACUGAAGAUCCAAAAGAAAAAGAAUUGGAUAAAGUUAAAUUAGAUUUAAAUGGUAAUCGAAUCGAUGAAUAUGAUAAUGGCGGACCAAUCGUGGUUAUUGUUUGCGGUGGUGCAGAGAUUUCUAUGAAACAAAUGGAUUUCUAUCGUAAAUUAUGGAAUUUCGAUGACUAAAUCAAUUAAAUCUGCAACAACAAAUUGACCUCAUAGUUUUAUUUUUUCAUAAGUAUUUUUUAAAUCAUAAAAUCAUCAUCAAUUAAUUAAAA